AUGACUGUACCCUCUUCGGACGAUAUGGAAACCGUGAAGCACCUUUUGAACAGUGAUCCGAUAUUCAAGGAGAAAAUGGAUACUGCUACUUCUAUAGCCGACAAAAUAGGACGGGAAGCUUUGGCUGAGAUAUACGCCGCGCAGUCAUCAGUGAAGCAGCUGAAUGAAGGCGGCUAUCCUUCGGAGAUGGAAGAGAUCAUCAGGAAGAAGGCGGAGGGCACCUUUCGUCGAUACGCAAAGUUUAUGGGCGCCAUGGUCCGCCUCGUAGAACCACGUCUCAGUGGCGAAUACGGCCCCGUGGAAUCACCCGUACAUUCGUUGCCUCCGGAGAUGCUCUCCGCCAUAUUCACCCUGACGGCUGAUAUUCCCUUCGUGGUUGAUGGGCAGUGGUGGACGCCUCGAGUCUUGCGCCUCGUAUGUCGUCAUUGGAAGAAACUCGCGGAAGAAACACCUACUUUAUGGCGGAAAGUUGACCUUACUGGCGGUCUUCAGUGGACAGAACAUGCGCUGCGAUGGUCGAAGUCCGUUACAUUGGACGUUCGUAUGGGUGGCAGGGUGUACUAUCCUACAACCUUCAUGAAAUGUGCGGAAGCCGCUCUGGAGGAGCUUCCACGUAUCCACUCGCUACAGCUAUCUGCUUAUGGAAAUCUAGAGCUCCAAGCUUUUGCAGAUCUGUUUGCUUCACAAUCUGCACCUUUCUUAGCAGAACUCCACUUCCUGGGGGAGUCCUCAACUCUUGUGGACGUCUUCCACGACAAUACCUUCGCGGGCGAGGUCCCAACGCGCUUACGGGUGUUGAGCGUUGCGUCUGCCGGAAUCGUUACAUCGUCACCGCUCUUUCGCGCUCCGCUCACCACUCUCGACCUUCAAUCCUGCGAAGUCUGGGAGAACGCCGACGAACUCCUUCAUACACUAUCCAUUCUUCCUAUGCUUAAGCAUCUUAAGUUAUGGACGGAUGACGACGACCUACGAAUCGACGUAUCGAAAGUCCAUGACUUCAGACCCAAGGCGGUCAAACUCUUGAACCUCAAAAGCCUCUCGCUCCGCGACGAUAUCAAAGUCAUCCUUGUUAUAUUCAAGUACCUCGACAUCCCGCACGUCACUACGGUCUCUAUUGGCGCUGAUGACGAUAACAUCGAUUCGUUCAUGGGGAGCAAUGUCCUGUCGGAGAUGGACAGUGUCUUUGGUACUUAUCUCACUCACCUUUUCGGCAAUACUGCCACACCGUCGGACGCCUUCACGUGUUUGACUGUCACAUCUUUUCAAGAAGAAUAUGGCAGCGGGUAUGACACCCUAUUCACAGGCCCAUCCAUACACCGGGAUGGCCUAACAGAGUUCUCGGUCGGGUUUGACCUAGACCCAGACUUCAUGGACGAAUCCAGGGCUCUUUUUAUGCGCACGCUCUCAUGGACGCCCAUGAGCUUCUGCAUCACGCGUCUCAUCGCUACGGAGUGGCUAGAGCUCUUGGAUGGCGACGAUAUAUGGAUCCAAAUUCUUCAAUGCCUGCAUAACCUGGAAGAGGUGCACAUCGGCAAAUCCGCGCCAUAUUUCGUACAGUCGAUCUCAGCUCGAGGACCAGAGGAGGCGCGCUCCAUACGGAAACUCGUUUUCAAGGGAGUCACUCCUCUGGAAGACGGGUCGAUCGAUAAAGUAGUGGCUUUGCUCUCUGGGAGGCAUGACCUAGGUUAUCCGCCCGUAGCAUUGUCCUACAUCGCUUGUAAGAUCCCCGGGCCAGCCGUAGCCAAGCUCCGGGAGACUGCGGGCAUCGACCCGGUUUAUGUGCAUCCUGCACCGCCGAUUCUGACUCUCGAAAGCGACAGUGUUGACGAAGAUGUAUGA